AUGGAGGCGACGCUGCCAACUGCCGUUCUGGUCUUGGCAGUGUCUAUGGUUGCCAAAGGUGACACAUCGUGUGAUGGCCCCUGCGGGUUACGGUUCAGGCAGAACCCGGAAGGCGGCAUGCGUGUCGUCGGGGGGCAGGCGGCGCAGCACGGGGCCUGGCCCUGGAUGGUCAGCCUCCAGAUCGUCACCCACAGCGGCCGCCGGUACCACGCCUGCGGAGGCAGCCUGCUGAACGCACACUGGGUGCUGACGGCCGCUCACUGCUUCCACGGCAAGAAUAAAAUGUAUGACUGGAGACUGGUGUUUGGAGCAAAUGAAAUUGUGUAUGGGAACGACAAGCCCGUGAAGGCGCCGCUGCAGGAGAGAAAUGUCGAGAAAAUCAUCAUUCACGAAAAGUACAAUGCCGCGUCAGAGGGGAACGACAUUGCUCUCCUGAAGGUCACCCCUCCCGUUGUGUGCGGCCACUUCAUUGGGCCGGGCUGCCUGCCCCAGUUCAAGGCGGGCCCACCCAGAAGUCCCCGGAACUGCUGGGUGACUGGCUGGGGAUACAUGAAAGAGAAAGCCCCCAGGCCGUCACCUAUUCUGCAGGAGGCGCGCGUGGAGAUCCUUGACCUCUACUUGUGCAACUCGACUCGGUGGUACAACGGGCUCAUUAAGUCGACCAAUGUGUGCGCAGGGUAUCCCGAAGGCAAGAUUGACACCUGCCAGGGGGACAGCGGCGGGCCUCUCAUGUGCAGAGAAAGCAGCGAUACGCCCUAUGUGGUCGUGGGGAUCACGAGCUGGGGGGUAGGCUGUGCCCGUGCUAAGCGCCCCGGAAUCUACACGGCCACCUGGCCCUAUCUGACCUGGAUUGCCUCCAAGAUCGGCGCCAUCGCCCUGCCCAUAGUGCCACCGGCCACCCUGCCCGCGCCCACCUCCCCUGGGAAGCCUCCCCAGGCGCUUUCCUUUGCCAAGCGCUUACAGCAGCUCAUAGAGACCUUGAAGGGGAAGACCUAUCCCUACACGAAGACCUAUUAUGACUCGGAGAACACAGAACUCCCACAACUGGUCCCCUCCUCCUGA